CUUGCUAAAAAAAUUAUAAGUUUAAAAAAAUUUCCCCUCAACAUAUCGAUAAUAAACUAUCGACCAUUCCAUUGUUUCGAUAAAUUACCAACAAUUCCUUCAGAAAGCCGACCUGAAACAAAAUAAUAACACGUGCAACAGCAACACCUAUUGUUUUUCUUAAAUUCUUAAGUUAAUUAAAUAUAAAUAAUGUCUUCUUCCGAAAAUGAAGAAUCCGAUAGAGAAAUGCAAACCGAUGACGAGGAGCUGGAGGAACCAGAUUUAGAUGCUAGUGAUACAGAAUCCGAUGACGGUGAUGAAGACGAUGAAUCGGAUAAUGAAUCCCCCAAGAAACAAACACUCGAAGAAAAGGUUACGGAGGAUUUUACAAAAAAAUACGCCGAACGUCAGGGCAAACAAUUGUAUAUAAGAUUUCCACAUAAACUGCCCGAAGAUGAUGAAGAGUUCCAGAAAGUGACCAAAGCAUUGUCGCCAUUAAUACUGAAAGCACAUAAACCUCGACAAAAGCAUGCACGUUUUUGCUUGAUUGACUUUGGUUCACGUGAAGAUCGCGAUACCGCCUUGAAAGCUAUAAAAGCAGCUAGUAAAACAGGUGGACCAAAAGUAGUCGUAUCAAUACCACGCACGGAGAGUGAUGAAUUCGUGCAAGAAUUAGUGCAACGUAAAGUGAAUACGUUGGAAAAGAAGAAGGCUAAAUCCCGUUUGAGACGCGCUAGCAAGUUGGCAUUGCGUUCGAAGAAUUUCACAUCCUCCGUAGUUAUAACGAACUUACCACAAAGUGCUUCAACAGCAGAGGUGCGUAAACUAUUCCCAAAUGCUGUCGAUGUACACAUAAAGCCACGCAAGGGCAAAUUAGUCAACUCCAGUAUAGCGACAAUCACAUUACCUUCUACAAUGGAGGCGCGUGCUGCAAUGAAGAAGAAACGUUCACUAGGUGGUACCGAGCUCAUAGUACGUUUCGAUACACAAAAAGUGAAAAAGGGCGGUGGCAAGGCGAAGAAAAAUAAUAAAACAAAGUCUUCAACGAAUGCAGCGUCUAAAACGGAUGAAAUUAAAAUAUAUAAUUAAAUAAAGUUUUUGUAUGUGUAAUUACGAA